AACGUCGAGCCGUCGUCAGGGGUAGGAACGACCCACGUAGCUUAGUUCAUCUGCCGAUGAAUGUGAGACUGGUUGCAUAACUACUAUACUCGCAUGUGGCACAAUGUCGACCGUGUUUCAGUGCAAAGUGUUUCUGAUAUGAGCACACAAUGAAGCAGUUUGGAUAUUCUCAGUGAUAACUCUUCCUGCCAUUUCUGUUGAAAUUCUGCAGUGUUCAGUUGAUAAUAACAUGAUGCCUAAAAGACAACAGAUUACGUCACAUAGAAUGUACAACAGGCCACAGUCGGCAAAUGCGCGCCAGGAAGCCGAAAUGGUAGACAAGGCGAAACGGCAGAUGACAAUGGUCAAAGAUCCAGUGGAGAAGCUUCGUCUUUUAUGUCUGUCUCGAGGGACAACGGGUAUCAUGGGACUUGGCAGGAUAUUUCGACGUAUGGACGAUGACGGCAACAAGGCGCUGAAUCUGGAAGAAUUCGCGGAAGGAAUGAACGACACGGGAAUGGAACUGGACGAAGGGGAGACAAAGGAACUGUUUGAGCGUUUCGACAAGGACGGGAACGGUAGCAUAGACAUGGACGAGUUCCUUCUAGCCAUUAGGCCUCCAAUGUCCAACUCACGACUGAAAGUGAUCAGUGAUGCUUUUAAGAAGUUGGACAAAACUGGAGAUGGAGUGAUUACUAUAGACGACCUCAAAGGGGUGUACUCUGUUAAGAUGAAUCCUCGGUACAUGAGCGGGGAGGAGACAGAGGAGCAGAUUCUUAACAAGUUCCUCAACAAUUUCGAGAAGGACGAGAUUACCAGAGAUGGCAAGGUGACGCAGGAGGAAUUCCUCAACUAUUACGCUGGAAUCAGUGCAUCUAUCGACAAUGACACAUACUUUGACUUGAUGAUGCGUCAGUCAUACAAACUGUAAUUGUCACGUGCUGCAUCGUGAAUCAUGACCGCGUGUGGUAGAAUGGUGACCCAGCGGCCAGACGGCAGCAGUCUUGGAAUACAUACGGCCUGAUAUCAUGAGCAGAGGAAAUUUCUACUCGAAACCAAGUAUUCUCGUCAUCAGGCAUGCUUGUCAGGUUUCGUGGGAUACGUCUCUGGUUUUAUUUACCAAAUGCUUACAUUAAAUUUCUCAUCACAUAUUCUCGAGAGAAUCGUUGAAAUCGGGCUCUAAGACUUUGCGGAGUCCAGCUCUUUUAAACUCUCAGACCACCAGCUCGUUAGUUCCGAAAGCUUUGGCCUCCUGAAACCCCAUGUUUUAACACGUAACACUAAAAGUCCAAUUUAUUUCGUUUGAAUUUUAAGACUCGGAAUGGGUUCUACAUAGAAAUGGGAUGUGUUUUGUGGAAUAUAAUACCAAGUUUCAGUGAGUCAAUUUUUAUUUUUGUAGUCAAGAUUAUCGGUAACGUCACUUUUGAAAAUGUAAGAAUUAUUUCGACAGAAGACCUUAAAAGUUACACGUAUUCAUAAACUAAUCUGUUGCCGAAUUGCAAGAAUUGACUCGAACAUUUUUUAAUAAAGUAAAAAUUAUGCAAAACGUUUAACAAAGACGCAUAGCCAUAUUUACGUUUCAUGCUGUGCCGAUGCGGACCUAUUGAAGUGAUUUAUUUGUGCAAAAUAUUAGUUCCGACAAUAUCAGCCUGUCAGAAAUCAAUAAAUAUUGGAGUAUAGGUAGCCUAAUAAUUUGUCAAUCUUUGCGUUGGUUUCAAUAAAAUAAUAAUAUACAGGCUUCAAAACAUCCAGAUUGCGCACUUGCAUAUUUUGGUGAUAAAAUUUUUAUAAAAACAAAUAUUAAGACAAUUUCUUUUCUCGCUCACAGUAGUUUUAGGAUUCCCAGUUUUAUAAAUAUGCGUUUGUUCAUGCUGAUUUUAUCAAAAACUUAAAAGUUGUUUAACAUUGAAGAAGUCGAAAUCUGGGGUAAAACAUUGUGUAAAAUGAAAAUUAACAAUUUAACUGUCAGCGUUCCUUUUUCAGUAUCAAUGAAUUUGCGGAGAAAAAUAUAAUCACUCCAACUUUUUCACAAUAAUUAUCUGCAUCAGAAUACUGCAAAUGUGCUUAUACCUGACAAUAUUCCACUCAUCUGCGAAGUUAUUUAAUGUUUUUUAAUAGUGUUUAAGCCUUUCUUUCUCUGUUAGUAAAAUAUUAGUUCAAAUACUGGGUCAGGCUGUCAGUCUGUUUCAGUCACGUUUAAACAUGUUUAGUCUUGAUAUAAAAUUUUUACAAACUUUUGACUGUGUAGGUUGCGCCUAUUUAUAGCCCAAUAAAAAUUUGUAAUUACAUAGGAAAAUGAAAGGGAAAUACAAAAUUUAUUUAACAUAUAAAUGUUAAUUAACGAAAAGACAAACAUCAGAACGGUUUAACACAUUUGUUUUUCAGUACUUUCUGGAAUUUUACUAGUUAGGAAAACAGCUGCUCUGUUCUUGACUCUUCGAAACACGUAACUUAGUUUUAAUGACAUUCGGAAUAAUUUCUUAUGUUCACCACAGAUUGGAUUCUCAUAUUUUGCAGAAAAUUGUUUCACAUUUCUGCCCUUCGCCCUUAGACAUUCUUUACAUCCUUGUUGGCCUUGUUCUGUGUUGUUACUGCCAGUCUCUGUAAUCUCAUCUUAAUAAUCUUCUACAUUAUAAAUUUUUACUAGUCUACAACUUUUAUUCCACCAAACGUCGUAGUUUUAUUGUUGGUUGGAUGUCCCGGGUUCAAAUCUCGGCCUGCAGACCGACUAUCCUGACUGAGGUUUUUCGUGGUUUUCCUCAGCACCUCUAGGAUAUUACCUUAAAUUACGCCACUGCCGAUUCCAUCCAUAUCCGUUUCGAUUUAUUAUUCGCCAUCAUCACAUCAGCGAAAGCGUCUUGAAAUAAACUAUAAAUAAACAAUUAACAUUUAGAAUUAACGAGUUAGCCAAGGUAUUUCGACGAAACAAAGAACAGAAAAGGUAGCCGACUUACUGUGCACUUAUAAUAACCUAACUCCAACCGUCCGGAGUUCAAUUAUACAUCAUGCUUUGCAGUUGUUGAAACCCUAAGUAUAUUUUUGAGUGGUUGUUAGCAUUGGAGUGUUUAGUAUUGGAUAUUCCUAAGUGUGUACUGCUUUUACAUCGUCCCUUACCUCCUACAGAUAGAAUACGUCAUAAACGACUUCGCAAUAUACAUAUUACGUAUAUGAAAAUGUCACUUCAGUUAAAAAUUUCCCUUUGUUCACAAACUAGCUGUCAAGAUGGAAGUGUGGUGUAUAGAAUGAGAUGGAUGCGAAGUUUCGUAAAUGUAUUUGUGCUGUAAAAUGAGUGUAUAUAAAAUGAAUGUUUCAUCAGAGAAAAUAAACGUCAUUAUUUAAUUAUGUUUUAACAGCCA